AUGCGCAAGUUCGGCGAACAGUCGCUCACCACCGAAGAGCGGGGCGAGUACUACGACCUCCGCCGCAAGGUCACCAUGUGUCACAUCCUCCUCCGCAUACAGGAUCUGUGUGGGGUGCACCUCACGCAGCAAUCGAAGGAAUCGCUGCAAACGCUGAUGGGCACCGAGAUCAAUUCCAAGCUGCUCAGCGGAGCGCAGCCCUACACCGGAGCGAAUCUGUUCGUGUCGUCGUUCAAGGUGGUGGCGUCGGACAUUGCCAAGAUGUCGGUCAAGGUCAAGAAGAUGGGCACCGUGGCGCUGGCGGAGGCCAACGCGUUGGCACUCAAAUCGCAGCAGGAGGUCGGCGACGAGGCCGAACGCCUCUUCAAACGAUCGUGCACCGUCUUUGAACAGGUCGUCGUCUCCGCACCGGACAACCACGGCAUACAAAACAACUACGCCGACGUCAUAGCGCAACGAGCGCUGCAAAAGGAAAAGGAAAAGUGUACGGACGAGACGCAGCAACAGGACUCGGACAACAACGACGACGACGACGCCGACGAGGAGGAGCGCGAUGGGCUCCGCAAGCGCGUGAAGCUGGUGUCGCUCAAGGACCGGGUGGACCGCAGCUCGGUGUCACUGCUCGACAGCUUCGUCGCGCCGCCCGGUGAGCCGGCGGACUGCCGCGGCGAGUGCCGGGAGUACUGCCUGCGCCUGUUCGACCGGGCCGUCGACAUCUACGCCGCCACCAAGAACCUCACCAUGCUCGACAAACUGCGCACCAUGCUCGAAAAGAGGUACCAGGCGCCGCUGAACUACUGCAGUUGGACGGAGAAGCAACAGCUGUACAACAUCAUCAACAAGAUUUGGACCAACCUGAUGACGCACCCGCUUCACCGCUCGGCCUACGAUCACUACUGCUGGGGCAAAUUCAUCCUGGCCCAUGCCGCACACCACAGCCUCGACGCUAAGAGCAAAACAGCGAUGGAGCUGUACAAGCUGGCGGGCAGCAAGCUGCGGGAGGCGCUGCAGCUCGAUCCGCUCCUGCCGUGGCUCCUCGAUGUACGCAAGAAGGAAGAGGCCGCCAAGCACAACCAGUUCAACGUACCGCCGCUCUCCCGCGGCGACUCGCGAGCGCCAACGCCACCGGCCUCGCCCGCUCCCGCCGUGCGGGCGCCCAACCUGCCCACCUACCAGUCCACCACCGACUUCGCAUCGUCCUACGCUCUGGCCUCGUCCCUGCUCUCACGUUCGCCUUCGCCUCCGCCCUUGACAUCAUCAUCAUCACCGUCAUCUUCGCCAUCGACCUCGUCGUCGUCUUCAUCUUCAUCCUCGUCAUCGCCAUCGUCUUCAUCAGCGUCGUCGUCGGAUCCGGCCAGCGUCGGGUUUGCAUGGGAGCGCAGCCGGACGGCGCCACUGCUCAAACAGCCGCAGCAGCGCUCCAAUUCGGCGAGGCGGCUCCGCGAUGCCGCCGCCACCGGCGCCAACAGCCACCAGGCCCGCAGCAGCAGCCUUAAGAGCGGCAGCCACGUCAGCGUCAACGUGAGUCAACUCCACAGCAGCACCAAAGCGCUCGGGCGGCUCAAGAAGCCCAGUGGCGCGCCGCGACUCGGCUCGCUCCUAUCGUCCACGCCGCUCCUGUUCAGCAUCCUGCGCGAGGAGCAGGCCGAGGAGGAGGAGGAGCUGCAGCGCUCCAAGACCCUCUCGCUGCCCGACGCCACCGCUCUCCUCUUGUCGUCGACAUCCGCCAGCGACUCGGCCGUGCCACUGUCGACACAAACCCGCGGUCCACCGGUCUCGCCGCGCGGCAACACCGGCAGCGGAGGCGGUGGCGGCGGCGCCGAUGUUGGUGCCGAGGCGGACGUGGACCACCACCAGCAGCAGCAGCCGGACACGCUCUUCAACCCGCGCGACCUGAAGCUGCUCAGGAACAAGGACAUCGCGUGCCUCAUCCAGGUGCUCUCGUCGCUGGCGGCGCUCAAGCCGACACGCGCGGCGUUUCACGACUCGGCCGACGAUGACGAUGGCAGUGACGACGAUGACACGGUGACACGUCAGCAGAGGCAGCACGGCAAAGACCUGUCAGCCAGCGAGGAGGAGCAGCGGGUGGCGCUGCGGAACCAGCGACGGCCGACCGCCGACGAGCCCGACGACUUGUCGCUCGACUUUGGCCGCCUGUGCAGCUUCUACACGGAGGCCGCCGUGCGCGCGCUGCUCCGCUACUACGCCGAUUCGAUCAUCGAGCUCGUCUUCCCCGACCACCCGCACCUCUCCAAUUUGGUGAUGGGUGACCUUCCGCGCUACUGCCGACGCCUGAAGCGACUCACCAUCGUCAAGUGUCCCUCCAUCACCAAGAUCGUCGCGCUGCCGCCAACGCUUGAGCGCGUGUCGCUGUGCCAACGUCACAUCACCGAGGAGACACUGCACGCCAUCGGAAUCUCGUGCCAAAACCUCCGGGCGCUGUAUUGGGAGGAAAGCCCCGGGACUCCCUUCGUGAUGGCGAAGGCCGCCCUGUACGAUCCGCUGCUGGUGAGCCCUGCGGCUACGUCCCUCGCCGAACUGCAGCUCUCCCGCCUUGGCAACGGCAACGCCGCAGCGUCCCUGCGCGCGGUCAGCCGGUGCACCAACCUGGUCCUCCUCGACCUGGCUCAGUGCCUCGGUCUGCAAGACGACACCCUGCACGCCAUCCUCGAAGGUGCGGACCAAGCCCCGCUCUCGCUGGCACACCUCGAGGUCGCCAACCGGUCGCGGUGCGGAAGCUCACUGCGGCGCUUGAAGGUGGACGGUUGUGGAGCGCUGACCGAUAGCUCGCUCACUUCGAUUGCGCGCAUGUGUCCUCAUCUCCGUGCGCUCAGCGGGUCAAAUUGCCCUUUGUUCACCGACGAGGGAUGUACCCAGCUGGAAGCAGAGGCCAUAGAGGGCUUGCGACCCUCCUCUGCCGCGUGCGGCUCGUUGCUACGCACGCUCGACAUCUCCGGCUUCGCGCACCUGUCCCGCGAAUCGGUGGCGGCCAUUGCCCAGGGCCACCCGCGGCUCCGGCGCCUGAUCAUGCGCGACUGCUCGCCCGCCAGGAUGAACGACCACCACCACCAAGGCGACGGUGAUGACGUCAGUGGGCCGGCCGUUGCUAAGGGCGCAGACGACGCGGCGGCGGCGAGGGAGAGGGCCAGCAGGCGCAAAGCCAAGGCCGAGCUGGCCGAGGCGUUGGUGGGCACGCUGGGCGCGUCGUGCCGAUUGCUCGAAGAGCUCGAGUUCGGCUGGAGGCGCGACGGCGAUGGCGACAACGACGACAACGACGACGCUGCGCAACCGGAAAAGCAGCAACCGCCGCAACAGCCGCAACCGCCGCAAUAUACGCCCGCAGCGGCCAGCAUCCAGCGAACCGCUCCCGCAAAGAAUUGGAUGACGUCGACCGUCACGAUCGACAUCAACGCCACGGACGACGGCGAUGAGUGCUGCGGCAGCGGCAGCUUCAGCUUCACGACGACGACGGCGAUGGACAGACUCGUCGACGCAAAUCCGCAGCUGCGGCGCCUCGUGCUGGACGGCGUGUCGAGUGCCGGUGCGACGGGGAUGAUGGACGACGACACGCUCGAGCUGAUGGGCCGCCGACUCACACGGCUCGAGUCCGUUGAGUUCCACCGCAGCGCCGACGUCACCGCCUGCGGCCUGCGGCGGCUCCUGCAGUCGGCCAGGCGCCUGCGCCAGCUCGUCGUGCGCGACUGUCCGCGCGUGGGCGCCACCGCCUCAGCGGAAGCCACCACCACCACCACCGGCAGUAACGACGCGGUGCUCAACGCCGUUGCCUGCUUUGGAUGCCACAGCCUCGAGGUGGUGGACCUGCGCGGCUCGGGCGUGUGCCACGGCGAGCCGGCCGUGGCCGCCGUGGCCGCCAAGUGCUACGUCCUGCGCGAGCUCGCGGUCGACGUCGGCUGCCACGUACUGCCGCCGCACCAGCACGGCAGCGCCCGCCGGACCGUGCCGCCGGUCUCGGCGUGCCUGUCGCCGGCGGCUGCGGGCGGCGGCCGUCGCUUCCCUGUGGUCGCACCACUGCAGCCGCCGCAGCAGCCGCCGCGCGUGGUGGAGUCGCUGAUCGCGCUGUCGCCGUCGCUGACCCGGCUGGAACUCGUCGUUGUCGUGGCCGUGGCCAGCGGCCAGCCAGCAGCUACUGCGCAGACACCCCCGCGCAAGUAUGCACCCGUGUUUUGA